UCGUGUUCUUCUGUCUUUGUGAAUAUCGGUUGAGUGUUUGAAAAUAACAAUUUUCUGAAGUGUCGAAAUUUAUAAAAACACCCCGAAAGGACGUUUCCGGAGUUAAAAAUGGACUUCCUGGAAUAUUCGGAUAUUACCGCGGAGGUCAACGGCGCCAUGACGCCAGGGAAGUUAAAGUUGACUGAUCAGCAUCUCAUAUUUAAAAAUCAAAAGACCGGCAAAGUGGAGCAAAUUCCUUCCGGUGAUAUGGAAAUGGUCAGUUACUUAAAGUUCGUUAACACAUGGGGUCUUCGAAUUUUCCUAAGAAACGGAACAUUACACAGGUUUCGAGGCUUCAAAGAUGGAGAUCAAGAAAAAAUAGCAAAAUUCUUCAAGAGCAAUUAUAGUAAAGACAUGCUUGAGAAGCAACUCAGUUUAAAAGGGUGGAACUGGGGAACAGCUAGAUUUGAAGGAUCAGUUGUAAGUUUUGAUGUCGACCAACAUACAGCCUUUGAGAUUCCCCUAAGCAACGUUUCUCAAUGUACUACCGGAAAAAACGAAGUUACUCUCGAAUUUCAUCAGAAUGAUGAUGCCCCCGUCAAUCUCAUGGAAAUGAGAUUUCACAUUCCAACCAGCGACAGCGUUGAGCAAGAUCCUGUGGAAUCAUUCCAUCAACGAGUCAUGGACAAGGCAUCUGUAAUCAGCGUCAGUGGAGAUGCCAUAGCUAUAUUUAGAGAAAUUCAAUGUCUUACCCCGAGGGGUCGCUACGACAUCAAAAUCUUCCAGUCGUUCUUCCAACUCCACGGAAAGACAUUUGAUUACAAAAUACCGAUGUCAACGGUUCUCCGUUUGUUCCUUCUUCCGCACAAGGACAACAGACAGAUGUUCUUCGUUGUCAGUUUGGAUCCUCCGAUCAAACAAGGACAAACCCGUUACCACUACCUGGUUUUGUUAUUCAACCAGGAUGAAGAAACAUCGAUCGAAUUGCCAUUUUCUGAAGAGGAAUUGAAAGAGAAAUACGAGGACAAACUGACGAAAGAACUAUCGGGUCCAACCUACGAAAUCCUCGGCAAAGUGAUGAAGGUCAUAAUCAACAGAAAACUCACCGGUCCCGGGAACUUUAUUGGACAUUCUGGUACUCCAGCAGUCGGAUGUUCGUUCAAAGCUGCGGCCGGUUACUUGUAUCCUCUCGAAAGAGGAUUUAUGUAUGUACACAAGCCGCCGAUUCACAUCCGAUUCGAAGAGAUAGCUUCUGUCAACUUUGCUCGCGGCGGUGGAUCCACAAGGUCUUUUGAUUUUGAGAUUGAACUCACGAGUGGAAUCACACAUACCUUCAGCAGUAUUGAAAAGGGAGAGUAUGGAAAGCUCUUCGACUUCAUCACUGUUAAGAAACUCAGAGUGAAGAACAGGGGGAAAGGAGACAAAGUUAACUACGACGACUUUGGAGGCAGCGACGGAGAAGCUGAACCGGACGCAUACUUGGCCAGAGUCAAGGCUGAAGCUCAGGAAAGAGACGAAGAUAACCAAGACGACUCUGAGGAUGAAUCUACUGAUGAAGACUUCAAUCCUAACCAGGCUGAAAGUGAUGUUGCAGAAGAAUACGACAGUAAUCCUGCCACAACUGACAGUGAGGAAGGAUCCGACGCAUCUGGUGAUAGCGAUGGUAAAGAAAAGAAGAAAAAGAAAGAAAAGAAGACUAAAUCUGCGAAAACGAUAUCUGAGAAGCCAAGAAAGCCUCGUAGGCAAAAGAAGGAGAAGGAUGCCAAUAAACCAAAGAGGCCUGCCACUGCUUUCAUGCUCUGGUUGAACAGUUCCAGGGAAAAGAUUAAGAGCGACAAUCCUGGAAUAAGUGUAACUGAAAUUGCGAAGAAGGGUGGCGAGAUGUGGAAAGAAAUGAAGGAUAAAUCGGAAUGGGAGGAGAAGGCAAACAAGCUUAAAAAGGAAUAUGCUGAAGCGAUGAAAGAUUAUGUGCCUCCAGAAGUGGAUAAGUCUAAAGAUAAGAAAGAGAAACCAGAGAAGAAGGACAAAGGUGAUAAGAAGAAGAAAAAAGAAACUAAGCCAGAGUCUCCCUCGAAAGUUGCAUCUGGUUCAUUCAAGAGCAAGGAGUACAUUAGCGAUGAUGACAGUAGUAGCGAUGAAGAUUCUAAGAAGAAGUCCAAGUCUGAUAAAUCUGAAAAGAGACAGCAUUCAGAUGACAGUGAAGAAGAAAAGAAGCCUGCUAAGAAGGUGGAGAAGAAAGCCAAGAAAGAUGAAUCAGAAGAAGAAGCUAGUGAAGAUGAACCGGUGGAAAGUACUCCACCAACGAGUGAUGAUGAUUCGAAGGGUAGUGAUUAAAUUUCCUGUUCAUAUUUAUUUUAAUAAUUGUAUCAUCCUUUGUUUCCAGUUAAAUUCACGAACACACAUUACUUGUAAACAAUUAUAAUUUUUAUUUAAGUUUAAUUUUGUAUUUGAACCGUCACUACAUUGAAAAUAAAUAGUUCUUUUUCGUAUGAUAUUAAA